GGAGCGACCAAGCAAUGACUGGCAGCCACUCAGUCACAUAGCAGUUCAGCAUUUGGAUCAUUCGCACCUGUUGGAUAAAUACAUUUGAUGUUAUUUGUAAGCCUGCUGGGAAAAGGCCAGACAGAGAGUAAAGCAACGUCUGGAGCUGCCUCCUGGAACGCCUGAAACAUGGCUCACCUCCAGAGUGUGCAGAAGAAGACCAGCAGCAUGUCCCUGACCAUCUCCUCUUCCUCCUCUGCAUCCUCCUCUCGAGAGCUCUCCUGCAGCUCCAGCGUGCUCGCUCAGAGACACUCCAGCCUGGUGCAGCCGCUGUGUGUCAGCCCUCAGAGGACUGAGAGUCCCAUCUACAAUCAACAGUAUUCAGGUAAUGGAGUGGCCCCUGCUUUUGUUAAGUGCCUCCAUGACGUGUCCACAGUGAACGGGCAGCUGGUGGUCCUGGAGUGCAGACUGAGGGGAACUCCUCCUCUGCAGGUCAUGUGGUACAGAGAGAACGAGCAAGUCCUGGACUCGGAUGAUUUCAGGAUACUACGCAAGAAGGCCAGCUCUGCGUCAGUGCCAGAGGAGCUGUGCACACUGGUGAUCACAGAGGCCUUUCCAGAAGACUCCGGACUGUUUAAAUGUGAGGCCAUCAACUCCUUCGGCACGGCCUCCUGCUCAGCAAUCCUGGAAGUUUACAAUGACCUGGAGGAGCAGCUCGAGGUCGAGGCCACUCGUCAUCAGGAAGAAGUUUUUCUCCGACAGGAAAAGGAGGCGGAGUUCCAACAGGAGACUUCCUCCUUCAGAGAGAGCAGCGAGGACUUUCCGUCUGAGCUGCCUGACUCCAUGACCCUCCCACCUCCUGAGUGGCCUGACAGCCCUCUAGAAGAUAACAUCCCUCUUGCAGAUUUUCCAGAGCCUCAGCCGGCUUACUACUCUGAAGAACUCUUUGGUCGGAGCGAGGAGGAAAGUGCCCUGCGCUCAGAGGGCCAAAGGUCACCGCAGGUCACUGUCCGAGCCCGCACGCCCAGCCCUCCCCCUCCACCCUCACCCUCACCACCACCAACCCAAGUCAAGGACAAAACCCAAACACCCAAGCUGUUCACCCCAAGCAAGCUCAGUUUCAGCUCCUCCCAGUCAGGAGGCAACAACAUGAACAUGUCAGACCUGCCUACCUUCACUCCCAGCGUCUUCCCUCCCAGUGCCUUUAACUAUGAGCGGCCGAGGCAUUUUAUUCAAUCACAGGCAUCCUUUCAGGCUCCCAGCUAUGAGAGCGUUCUGAAAGAUUCCCAGGAGAACCAAAAUAACCAUCAACAGAACCUCAUCAGCUCCCAAAAUAGUCCAAAUGUUGCAGAGACACUGAGUCAAGCUAAAGUCAUGUCUGCACAAAGUCAGUCUUUUUCUCAAACUCAGUCAGUGUCCAAGUCUUUGUCACAGACCCAGUCACAGUUUCAGUCACUAAGCCUCAGUCAGAACCAAACCCAGUCUGUUUCCCAGACCCAGGCCCACACCCACAUCCAGGCACAGGCCCAGACCCAGGCCCACACCCAGAUCCAGGCACACACCCAGGCCCAGACCGAGACCCAGAUCAAGACAAAGGCCCACACCCAGACCCAGGCCCAGACCCAGGCCCAGACCCAGCCCCUCACCCACACCCAGAUCCAGGCACAGACCCAGGCCCACACCCAGACCCAGAUCCAGGCCCAGGCCCACACCCAGACCCAGAUCCAGGCCCAGACCCACACCCAGAUCCAGACCCAGAUUCAGACCCAGGCCAACGGCACAAGCAAGUCCUCUCCAUCCUCAUCUAGUCUCAGCUCUCCUGUCUCCACCCCAGCCUCCUCUGCUGCCACCUCCUCCUCCCCUCUCCCAGCCUCCUUAUCCUCUCUCCCCCGCACCACCAUGCGUUCCACCAUCACCCUCACCCCCAGCAUCCCCAGUGCCACCGGCCUCGGCAGCGCUACCCUGCCAGCCAACCAGGACACCAUGUCAGGACCUGCUGCUUACCUCUGCUCCGUGCUGCCGUUUCAGUCCGCCUUCUCCCCUUAUUCCUCCUCCAAGCUGUCUCCCAACUGCAACCUUCCCCGCCCCUCCAUCUCCCCCUCCCGCUCCCCACUCGCCCCCUCCAGCCCUCUCUUCCCCAUGAGGGCUUCGUCCUUUCCUACCCCCCUCCCUCAGCAGCCUCUCCCAGUGUCACCUUCCCUCCCUCGCUCCCCUCUCUCUCCCACCUCCUCCUCUCUCCCACAGCCCAACACUCCCAACGGUCAGAACAGAGUACCUCCUGCUGUGGUCUCCCUGCCUAGCAGCUACAAGGCAGCACCAAGCAUCCUUCCCAUGCCCAUUCUAAAGAAGACUGUAGCUCCUCGGCCUUCUUCCUCUCGCUCCACAGAUGAAGACAUCCAGGGCUCCAAAGACGCCCUCAUUCAGGAUCUGGAGAAGAAGCUGCGCUCAAAGGAGGCCAGGAGGAGAAGCAGCCAGACACACUCCAGCCCAUUCACGCUUACACAGUGUGCCUGUUUGAAGAAACUGUCCUAUGAGGAGCGUAUGGCUCGUAGGCUUCUGGGUCCAGACAACGCCAACAACAUGUUUGACCAAGACAGUCUAUCAGACUCACAACUCGACCAGCCAGAUUCACCAGAAGGAAGACACACAGGUGGAUUAUGGGGGAGGCGCCACUCAGGGACAGAUGAGAGGGGAAAUGAGGGCUCAGCUAUCCAGGAGAAAUCUUACGCUCCUCGCUUCCUGCAGAUCCCUCCAGACCUCACUGUAGAGGAGGGACGCUUCUGUAGGAUUGACUUCAAGGUGGGAGGCCUCCCGACACCAGACGUCUGCUGGUACCUGGAUGGUAAAGCUAUUCGUCCAGAUGACUACCAUAAGAUGUUGGUGUGUGAGAAAGGGAUGCUUUCAUUCAUCAUAGAGAUCGUCACAGUGCACCAUGCUGGGGUUUAUGAGUGUGUGGCCAGGAACCGAGCAGGGGAGAGCAGAUUUUCAAUGAGGCUCGAUGUAUUAGCCCAGGAGGCUCUCCGUCCUCCGACCUUUGUCCAGAAGAUGUUGAACUCCAGAGCUCUAGAGGGCGACACUGUGAGAUUAGAGUGUAAAGUAGACGCUUCCCCGCCUCCACAGCUCUUCUGGAAGAAAGAUAAAGACAUGUUGCGCAUUGACCCAAACAGAAUGAGUCUGUAUCAGGACGGUUCAGGCCGGCAGUGCUUGUUGCUAGAGAGGUUGAUGAAGUCUGAUGCUGGUUGGUACACUCUCUCUGCCAUCAAUGAAGCAGGCAUGUCCACAUGUAACGCCAGGCUGGACGUCGGCACUCGCACAACGCCGGCCAUGAAAACGGCACCGCCUGGCUCGAAGACGUUGAAGUUGCUGUCUUCUUUCAAACACGUGCCUGCUCUGACAGUAGAGAGCCCCGCCCAGCACACCGCCCCGCUGUACGAGAGUGAAGAGCUGUAGAACCCUCACUAACCCCAGUCACAUCCUCAGAUAACUAGCACAUAUAUCUCAGAACUGUAAAACUGGGCCGGAGCCUGUAUGUCAGGGCACAUAUGGUACUAAUCAUACUUUGGUUCAGAUUAUCAGCAUUGCAGCAGACCAGGAGACAGAAACACUUUGAGGCCAAUCCAGAUCAGGUUAAUUAACCAACCAGCAUUUAGGCCAAUAAUCUAUAUAGGUUCAUUUCAAAUUUCUUGAACAAAUCAAGUUGUAUUGUACGUUUGAGAUUAAGGUACAAAUACAUCUUUUGACGAAACUGAAUUUGAGAAUUUUCCUUCGUUGGAAAAAGUUUAAAUUGGUCUUGCACCUCCAUCCAUUAGAUGUUAUGUGUUGAGGAAACAACUCAAACCGUAAGGAACACUUGGUAGCUGCUUUGAGAGAAAUGUUUCCAGUCAUGUGCCUUAACCUCAUACUGUCCACCUGCUGCUGUGCGUCACCACUGUGCCUGUCCUUCCUCUGCAGAGCUGAUGUUUGAUACAUGCCCAUAAGCCUCUCUUCAUCUGCGUUCAUGGUGCGUCCAGGUCAUUGAUGUAUUAAUAGACCUGGAAACGGUGUGGCGGAGUCAGACCUGUCACUGCACUUUAAUCCUGACAACUGUCCGCUUGUCGCUCUCUCUCAUCCUGCUCUCCUAAAUAAGGACGAUUUUGUAUUUGAGCCUCCAAAUUUCAGUUCUUGUCCCUAAAUUACAGCUGCUGUUGCUUCUGAUGUGUGUCUGCAAAGCUCCAUAAACUGAAGAUCCAAGAGCUCAGAUUCUCUGCUGUGGUAUAAAUUCAGUGUACUGUGUUUUUAAAGUUGGUUUCUAAUAUACAGUGUAUGUGAAUGAAGCUAUUUAUUUGAAAUGGAGUUAUUAGUUAUCAGUGUUGGGACUCUCUUGGCCUGUGGUCUAUCACAUCGAGUUGGACAAAGUGAGACAGACUGUCAUGCUGAUACCCAGCCUCUACGACUGAACACAAAACCUGAUCUGCACAGAACUAACUUACUUAAGUUUACAUUUGAUCACAUCUGCAGUGCGGAUAAGACAUGUUUUUACACUUUGUUCAAGAGGAGAAAACCUUUAAUGCAUUAAUUGAUCCUGUAUGUUCAGUUAAAAAACAGGUAUCAGUAUGUCAGCCACACUCUCCAUUUCUGACCAGCACCUUACAUAAACAGAAGCUUGAUUUGCUGGCUUACCUUGGAACUGCUUGUUACAGCCAGCCAGGAAGUAAUGUCACCAACAAAAGGUAUAUUUGGCAGGAUUUUCAUGCAAACAGAAAGGCUAGUAUUUAACCGUGUGGCCACAAACUGCUUUUCACUCAGAACUAAUGGUUUGAGAUAAAGUAUACAAACAGGGUUAAACAUUGGACUUGCUUAAAGCACUAUAAUAGUUUUGGUAAAUUAGGCCCUUUCUGUUGAGAUUUUAAACUGUAGUAGUGUGUUUUUGUUUGUUGUGUAAGUUCUACAUAUCACUGGAUGAAUGAGGAAUAAAGUUUGUGACCUUC